AUGAGGUUUAUCUUCUCUCUUCCAUUUCUAACUUCUGGGUUCUUGCAAGAGAUUUCAAUCAAUCAACAAUUUGAGAGCUUUUUGGGACUCCCUUUUCAUUCCAUGGGAAAGGCUGGUUCGAAGUUGGGACUCCCUUUUCUUGGCCAUGGCAGGGGGUUGCUCUGUUUCUGCACAUCCCUCGAGUCAACAGCCGCCAUAAAUGGCGUUAUAAGGUUCUGCGCCCACGGUGCUGCGCUCCGUCGCCAUGCUUUCCAUCCGAUUCGAAUCUUCUUCCAGUUCCGAACUGGCUUCCCGGCGCCUUCCUCUAGAGUUUUCUGGCGAGGUGAACUAGUGGUGGACGCCAAGGCGAUAGCGACAAUUUGCCUUCGUUUUCCUCUCCUCCCUUUCUCUGGAGCAAACUACUACAUUUCCCUUCCUUCCAGCUUCGCCGAAAUCCCCUCAAGAAUGAUUUUGGAUCCGCGGGAAAGGUCGGUUCUUAAGGGGUACAGAGCCUUCUCGGCCAUGGCAGGAGUUGCUCUGUUUCUGGAUCCCCUGUUUCUCUACAUCCCUGGAAUCAACAGCAGCCGCGAAUGUGCCAUGAGUUUCGACGGAAACCUGCUGAUUACUGCUGCGGUGCUGCGUUCCGUCGCUGAUGCUCUCCAUCUGAUUCCACUCUUCUUCCAGUUUCGAACCGCGUUCCCGGGGCCUUACUCGAGAGAGUUAGGGAGCGGCAGGAUGGUGGUGGACACGUCGGCGAUCGCGAGUAGAUACCUGUUUUCGUUUUUCCUCGUCGAUUUGCUCUCCGUCCUCCCGCUGCCUCAGGUGAUCGUCGUUGUAGCUUGGAUUUCUGGGAAGAACAGAGGAUCCAGAAUGUUGACCGCCAUUGCCAUCUUGCAACCCGUGAUAGCUUCUCAGUUCUUGCCUAGACUCUUCAGAUUCAAUCAAUUCAUUCAGGAAGUGAGAAGUACUACUACCCUUGCAGUGGAAAAAGCUGCAUUUGCCAGGAUUGCGAUUACCAUCUUUCUUUACAUCAAUGCUGCCCAUGUGAGAUUGCUAUGUUUUCGACCAAGAUUAAUAACUACCAGUACCGCGAGGAUUUUCCAUCCGUUGGAACGGGUUGUCCGAAGGUGGGACGCCAUCUUCUUGGCGCUAACCGCGGUUGCUCUGUUCCUGGAUCCCCUGUUUCUCUACAUCCCGCGAAUCAACAGCCGCCACGGAUGCGUCAUUCGGUUCGACGGCAACCUGGUGAUUACUGCCACGGUGCUGCGCUCCGUCGCCGAUGCUUUCCACUUGAUUCGGAUCUUCUUCCGGUUCAGGACCGGGUUCCCGGCGCCUUCCUCUAGAGUGUUCGGUGCCGGCGAGCUGGUGAUGGACGCGUCGGCGAUAGCGAGGAGAUACUUGUCUUCGUAUUUCAUCGUCGAUUUGCUCUCCGUCCUCCCGCUGCCGCAGGUGAUCGUCGUUGCAGCUUGGAUUUCGGGGAAGACCAGAGGAUCCAGACUGUUGACCGCCAUUGCUGUUUUGCAACCAUUGAUAGCUUCUCAGUUUGUACCUCGACUGUUCAGGUUCUACCAACUCAGUCAGAAAGCGAUAAGCACUUCCUAUGCAGUGAGAAAAGCUGCAGUUGCUAGGAUUUGGGUUACAGUCUUCCUUUACGUCAAUGCUGCCCAUGUUGUGGGAGCAUUCUGGUACUCAUUGGCUAUUCGACGAGAAAUGGGUUGCUGGCGAGCAGCCUGUCGAAGUCGUCCUGGAUGCGAUUACGAAGCAAUGCUGACUUGCGGGAAGGAUAGAUCGAUGAACUACACGUCGUUUCUGAAUCAGAGUUGCCCCCGAGGAGGAGGAUCGGAUUUCAAUUAUGGGAUGUAUGCUGAUGCUAUUAGCUCUGGGGUGCUGGAGUCGACAGAUUUCGGCAACAAGUUGCUUUACAGUUUCUGGUGGGCUCUCCAAAGUCUGAGCACUUUGGGACAGAACAUUAAGCCAAGCAACAAUAAGUUUGAGAUAUGUUUUGCACUAUGCAUCUUCAUUGCUGGGUUGUUGCUGUUUUCGUUAGUCAUCGGUAUCAUCCAGACAAGGAUGCUAGCAUCAACCAUUAGAAUGGAAGAGAUGAGAAUGAAAUGGGAAGGUGUGGAGAGAUGGAUGGGUUCCCAUUAUAUCCCUGAGGACUUAAAGGAGCGCCUGAAGCAACAUGAAGAAUUCAGAUGGCAGAGGGAUCAAGGUGUUGACAUCCACAAUGUGCUGCAGAGUCUGCCCAGAGACCUGAGGAGGGACAUCACUCGUCAUCUCUGGUUGGAUCUUCUCAGGAGUGUGCCAAUAUUCUCAACGAUGGACGAUGAGCAACUAGAUGCAAUGUGCGAACGCGUUAAACCAGCAUUGUACACGGGAGGAAGCUACAUUGUUCGCGAGGGAGAUCGAGUCAACGAGAUGCUGUUCAUCAAGAGGGGUGUAAUACAAACCACAGGCACAUAUGGCGGGAGCUCUGUCUUCUUCAGCGCGGAGCACCUCAAGACUGGUGAGUUCUGCUGCGACGAGCUUCUCAGUUGGGCUCUGGGACCCUACUCUUCGUUAUCAGACCUUCCAAUCUCAAUCACAACCGUUCAAACCGUCACGCAUGUGGAGGCUUUCGCGCUUACAGCUGACGACUUGAAGUUUGUGGCUACACGGUUCCGUUGGGUUCGCAACAAGAAGCUCCGCCACAGGUUCAGGUUCUACUCACACCAGUGGACGACUUGGGCCGCUUGUUUCAUACAAGCUGCUUGGCGGAGGUUCAGAAAGAAUAAACUAGAGAUGGCGCAGAGGCGGGAAGAGGACAGGUUGGGAGAUGCAUUGGCUGCCAAGUCGACACCCCUUGGCGCCACCAUAUAUGCCUCGAGGUUUGCUGCCAAUUCACUACGGCUUCUAAACCGCAAGUCGACUGGUAAGGGAACAGUGCCUCUACCGUCUGUGUCAGCGAAAAAGCCAGCAGAGCCAGAUUUUAGUGACGAUGAAGUUCAGUCAAGUGAGGAACUACGAUAG